CGGCAUUCGAAAAGAAAUCAUCAAUUCUCACACAAUUAUCCUCUUUACCCUGUGCAAUCCUCUGAUCCUUGGUGUAUCAACAAGUAUUCAGACGCGCAGGCAUCCCCAAAAACUCACGCUCUCUCUUCCUCUCCAUUUCUCUUUGAAUUUUGUUUUUUAUAAAAACACUUUGCCCUAUCUACCUCUGUGGGAGCCAUAUGUUUAGCGUUGAUAUUGUUGAAGCGAUAAGACGUAGCAAUUUAACGAAUAAUUGAAGGAGUUUAACUAACGAUAAAGCACAAACUGAACAGAUAAUAUAUAAAGAAUAUAUUGUAUUAAUGUACAAGGAGAGUGUGAGGAUGUAUGAAAACAAUAUAGAGAUGGUUGAGAUGCCGAGGAGAACGAGUAGGCGAUAUGAAUUAUUAGUGAGAGCGUUUUGGCUGGCUAUUGUGCUGGUGGAGUCGGUGACAUUAGCUAAUUCAACCAGAGUCCAUGAGGAUGUCUCAUCAUCGAGGACGCACGAACGACCACCACCCUGUCCUAGUGAGAUUUAUUGCCAAGGCCCGCUACUGCAUACGGUGCAGAUGGCCAAUCUCUACCCCGACUCUAAGACAUUUGUGGACAUGAAAAUGAAGAAAUCAGCGGCGGAAACACUGACUGCAUUCCACAGAAUGAUGAACAGUACUAAUCAGUCACCGAGCAAGGGGAAUAUUCAGCAUUUUAUUGAUAAUAAUUUUGAUCCACCUGGGUCUGAGUUUGAGACUUGGAUACCGGGUGAUUGGCGAGCUGAGCCAAAAUUUCUGGCUAGAGUCAAGGACGGAGAGUUGAGAAAAUUUGCAUCAGACUUGAAUGACAUAUGGAAAUUGCUGGGUAGAAAAAUGACUGAUGAUGUCAGAGUUAAUGAGCAUCUUUACUCAAUAAUAUAUGUACCACAUCCAGUAAUAGUGCCUGGCGGUAGAUUUCGAGAAUUUUAUUACUGGGAUUCUUACUGGAUUAUGAAGGGACUAUUGCUCUCUGAGAUGUUCACGACGGUCAGGGGUAUGUUGAGUAACUUUGUUUCAAUUGUCGACAAAAUUGGCCUCAUACCUAAUGGCGGGAGAAUAUAUUACGAAAUGAGAUCUCAGCCACCGAUGUUGAUACCCAUGGUUAAGGAAUAUCUCGAUGUGACGAAGGAUUACGAUUGGCUGAGGGAUAAUCUCUGGCUGUUGGAGAAAGAAUUUGACUUUUGGAUGACUAAUCGAACGGUCGAGGUGGAGAAAGACGGGAGGAAUUAUACACUGGCGAGAUUUUACGAGGAAUCCAGCGGCCCGAGACCGGAAUCGUACAGGGAGGAUUACUCCAACAGUCUGCUGUUCCGAACGAGCGAGGACAGGGAGAAUUAUUACAGGGAGCUCAAAACCGCUGCUGAGUCUGGAUGGGAUUUUUCUAGUCGCUGGUUCAUUGUCGAUGGAACUAAUAAAGGCAAUUUAUCGAAUAUUAAAGCGAGGUACAUAGUUCCAGUGGAGCUCAAUGCCAUAUUGUACUAUAACGCCGUUCUCCUAGCUGAAUUCAACGAUAAAAUGGGUAAUGCGAGUAAAGCAACAAUCUAUAGGCACAUUGCUGAAGAAUGGAAAACAGCAGUUAACGCUGUACUCUGGCACAAGGAGGUUGGCGUGUGGCUUGACUAUGAUCUCCUCAAUGACAUCAAACGUGAUUAUUUCUAUCCAACGAAUGUUGUUCCCUUAUGGACUAACUGUUACGAUGUAACUCGGAAGGAGGAUUACGUGGCUAAGGUGUUGAAGUAUCUCGAGAAAAAUCAGAUUAUGAUCAAUCUCGGGGGUAUACCAGCCACUCUGGAGCAUUCUGGUGAGCAGUGGGAUUAUCCAAAUGCCUGGCCACCUUUGCAGUAUUUUGUUAUCGAGUCGUUGGACAAGACUGGGGACGCUUGGGCCCAGAGGCUAGCCUAUGAAAUGAGCGAGAGGUGGGUCAGGAGCAACUUUAAGGCGUUCAAUGCGACCAACAGCAUGUUUGAGAAGUAUGAUGCUACUGUGUCUGGGGGUGGAGGUGGCGGUGGAGAGUACGAAGUUCAACUGGGCUUUGGCUGGUCCAACGGCUUGGUCAUGCACUUAAUCAAUAAAUAUGGAGAUCGUCUAGCUGCUGAGGAUCGUUUUCUGCCAAAUCAAAUUGUUGAAGAGUCAAUUCGACAGUCUUCGACGGGCACCUCUGCCACCGUAUCGACAGCUGGACAAAUGAUGACGGGUCUCAUUGCACUGAUUAUAUCGGUCGCUGCAGGAUACAUUGGGUGGGUCAUGUAUAAGAGGCGCCACUACUACGUACCAGGUCCGUCCACAAUGCCCAAUCUAAAGCGAAAAACUGUUGGUGGCGGUGGUGGUGAUAACUUCUACCGGAAACACAUUGCCUACACGGAACUCAAGGACAUGAACAACGAUUGACGAUUGACAUGUGGGUAAUUUAAGUUAGAAAAAUUUCAUUAUGAUAAUAAUUACCGGGGGGGGGGCAUUCGAUUGAGUGACGAUGACCAUGCAUCAGGGAUAUUUUUUUUCAUUUUCUACCCAUCCCACUGAAUACCGAGUGUUCGAUCCUACUCUCUUCAUUGAAUAACAGAAAACGACGUUAUAGUUGUACUUCUAUUCUUCAUUAUUGGGAAACGACACUGAUAAUCUAAGAGGAUAGCCACCUUAAUGUGAAUACGAAUGUGUCACAUUGUGACAUAAAGUUGAUAAGAGCAGCGUACAAAUUAUACUUGAUAAGAAGCUGCAAGAGUUAUCGAAAUUUUUCCUCUCUCGAACGGUAAAUAAACUGAGAUUUAAUGUGCACUAGAGCGGAUUCAGUCGUAGGAUUGAAAAAAAAAUAUAUAUAUGCAAUUUUUGAAAAACAGUGUUAUAUUACGCUUGUACAGAGAUUAUCUGAGGAUCAUGAUAAGAUAGGCGGAGAUUUCCGUUUAUUGUUUUUCGUUUGAUAAUGCGAAGGAACUUUGUGAUAUUCACGGAUAAUUAAUUAAUCGAUUUUUCUUCGAGAUGCAUCGAUCCACUGUGUUUUAUGCAUCAACGGCCAUUUACAUAGUACAUUGUAUAGUAUGAUUUCAACAAUUGUAGAGAAAAGCAAGGAAGAAUGUUAUGUUAUUUAGAUGAAUUUUUAAUUGGGCAGAAGAUUGUUUAGUUCUUUUGCCGUUAGCAAAUGUAUAAAGAGAUCUUUUAUGUGUCAUAUUGUAUAAUGUAUAAAUAUUGCAGACAAUUAGCUGAAACCGAAGCCGUUAAACCUCUCAGCGGAAAUAAAUGAGCAUGUAUGACAGAUAUAUGUGCCUACUCUAUUUUGAAUGUUUUUUUUUUGGAUAUCUCUUGCAUAUGUUUGUAUUAAAAUUGACAAAGAGGAAAUACGUGGUAAGGUAGACAAUUACGACUCGGCGAUCAGGUGCUGAAUGAGUAAAAUAAAUAUUUUAAUCUUGAA